AUGCUUUUCAGACCUCAAUACAAAAUCAUCAUCUACCUCUUCCCUUUCCUCACACCAUCAAUAUAUGCACAAACAACACAAAUAUGUGAUUCCACAAAUGCAACAACAACCUCUGGAAGAUAUACAUUCUUCCCAGAUAUUACAACGACUGAUAAAGAUGGGUAUCAAUGCACAGAUUUCUCCCUCGCCGACGAGAAUAGCGGUAGCGUAGGUUCAACAACACUAUUCAACACCACUUUUUCCUGGUCCUCCCCCGAUAGCUCUACCCCACACUCUUUCCCCUCCCUAACCCUCAAUCUCCCCUCCAUCCUCCCCAUCGCCAUCUCCAACAUCUCCCUCUUCCCCCUCACCAACAACUGGGCUCUCUACCCGGGCAACCCUCUCCACACCAUCUCCGCCACCACCCCUGAUUCCCUCCAAAACGCAUCCGUGAUCGCAGCCUGCUACCUCAACAUCUACCUCGAUCUCGAACCCUCUCUCUCCCUCGACAAACGAUUCGCCGCUACCAAAAUCUCCAUCUGGCAAGCUAACUACGGUGGUUUAAUACCACUAGGUUACAACGAUACCGCAUCUACAAUCACCAGACCAGUGAUAAACCUCGCGGGAAUAUCAUAUACUCUCUACGUAUCGCAAACCUCUCCAUCGACUUCUUCUUCUUCUUCCUCUUCAAAUUCCUCCACAGGCGUAGACGACGACCCACAUGUCCCCCAAACAAUCUACACCUGGUACCCCUCCAUCAACGCCACCACCCUCACCGCAAUGGAUAUCUCCCCGCUGCUCAACUAUCUCUGGAGAGAAGUAUAUAUUUCCAGCAACGCGUAUAUCGGAUUUGUGGAGUGGGGAUUAGAUGCCAGGAAUAGUAAUGGGAAUGUAACGUGGAGUGUGUAUAAGACGGGGAUGACGGUUAAACCGGGGACCCCGGUGAGGGCGGUGGGGAUGGGGAGGAGGAAGGAGGUCUGGAGGGGGGAGAUGCUGGCGUUAGUGGGGUUGUGUGUUGGGGCGGUGGUGUUGUUUGGGUAG